AUGCUCGCCCCUCUCGUCGUUGCCUUUGCCUUGGCGUCCACUGCCACUGCCGCGCCGGUUCAGGCAUGUCCGGCACCCGCUCCAGAAUGCUCUUCGUACAGUAGGACCCGGGAAGCGAUUAUCAACGCACGCGGUACGACAGAGCCGCAGGGUGAAUCUGUCGGGUUCAAAACUAUGAACAAGAACAUCUUGACAACCCAUAAAGGCGGAGAGAUUUACAAUGUGGUUUAUGGUGCCACCUGGGACCAGAACAGCGCGCCGGGCACCCAAGAUGUUGGCAAAAUUCUCGCGAAGGACGCCUCGGAAUGCAUCAUCCUCGAGGGCUAUUCUCAGGGAGCAACCGUGGUCGUCGAUGCGCUUCCCAAGCUCACCGGCGCCGCCUUUGACGCCGUCAAGGGUGUUUUCCUCAUCGGCGACACGAGACGCCAGCCCGGCCUGGCGUGCAAUGUGGACAUGCAAGGCGGCGACAAGACGAAGGACACCUCGGGCAUCCUCUACGAAGAAGGAAAGGGCAUUCCCACGGGCUGGAUUGCCAAGUCUCUUGAUGUCUGCAACGUGGGCGAUUCUGUCUGCGAUGUCUCUGCUGGAAAUGGCACCGUACUUAUCACACCUGAGCACUUGGCCUACCCUACAGACGCAGGUCUGCAAAAGAUGGGAGCCGACUUUGUGCUAAAGAAGCUGGGUUGA